AUGAGCUUCCUCACCAGCCCUCAACAGAUCACAAGGCGACCGACUACGGCUCAUAGCUGCCGAGAGACUGACUUGCUACGGCACUUUCGCUAUCACAUCGGUCCUUGGAUGGACGUUGGGGACCCCGAAUGUGCCCUUGGGGUUCAGACAUUGCUCCUUUCGCGGUCUAACAGACCAUUACAGGCAGCUAUCCUUGCGCUAUCCGCUGGUCAGAGGUCGCUUCUCUCUAUACCAUACCAUGGAGAAGAUAUCAGCAAUGGCAUUCGCUUUCGUAAGGAGGCAGAAGAAAGCCUGGAGCUCCAGCCUGACUUGGUAAGACAGGCAGGUCAUGCUAUCCUUCUGCUGCAGGAUCUUUUGCCAUUGGGCCUUCAGCGAUGGAGAGGUUGGAUAGAAUCAGCUGGCAGCUAUUUGUCUCCUUUGUCUAUGACAGAAGACCUGGGUGAAGCUUUGUUUUGGUUACACUUCCGACUUGGUAUGUUAUGCGGAGAUGAAUUAUUCGAUUUCGGAUAUACUGACGACUCUCUAGACCUCGCAUCCUCCAUCGCCACCUCAAAAGCCCCAUCAAUAGCCUUUCGCUCCUUUCUUCAUCGUGAUGGCUCUCCAAUACACGCCACCCGACUGAAUAUGCACUCUCGAACCGUCCAUCGAGUAUAUGACCAUGCGCUCUGUCUCCUCGGACACUCUUUGGCCCUCAUAUACGGAGCCUCAGACGUAAAUUCUCCACAGGCUGCUGGCUCCCCAGAACUAGCAGCAUUUCCAUCCCUGCGACAGUCCCAUUUCCUAUCACAAUGGACUUUUCUCUGGACGGACUGUCAAAAAUGGUACAAUGAGCGCCCAGUCGACGCCCAACAAAUAGUUGACGUCCGUGGCGGCGAAGCGGAUCAGAUCGAUCCUGACCACUCCUCAUCAUUCCCCAUUCUCAUCUUCACCACACCAAUGGCGCUGGUCGCCAACGCGGUUUACCACAUUACCUCCCUCCUAUUAUUGACGCAUAAACCCCGGCUACUGAAGUCACUACCCGGUCCCCGAUGCUUCACGUCGCAUAUCUGGCACGCCCAAUCCAUCGCUGGAAUCGCCGCUAGCAAUGAUUCUCCGGAGCAAUGGGAUCCGAUACUGAUUGCAAGUCUAUUGUUAAUCGCAAGAGACAUGUCGCACGAGUCUCAACAGGCUGUGCUUCUGGAACGACUAAGGAGAAUAACGGCGACCACGGGGAUCAAUCUGAAACAAGAAACAGAAGCACUUCAGUCGGUAUGGAGAAUUGCGCGGUAUGAUGAAGAGCCGGAUGAAGAUGCGGAUGAUUCUAUUAUGUCCUGA